GUCCCAACAAAUGCUCGGCGCUUCUAUCGGAAUAUUUAUAAUACUGAACCUAAACAACGCAAUCGUCUUUAGGUUCACGAACGUCGUCUGCGAGAGCUACAAUAAAUCCUGGGUAAUAUGGCAGAACUGUCGCCUGAAGGCAGUCAGCCGAAGUAAAGUAAUCCUCAAUAUGAAUGCUUCGGUCUUUUAUCCGGCUAAUAGUGUAAAAAUUCAUAUUAAGCUUUUCAAAAAAGCAAACGGGUUUAAGCCUUGGCUGAUGGACAGGAAUAUUGACGCCUGUCGUUUUAUAAAGAGCCGACACGACCCAAUUAUGAGAAUAAUCUAUGGACUCUUUGAAGAUUUCACCAACGUUAAUCAUUCAUGUCCUUAUGUGGGCUCUCAAAUAGUGGAGGGGUUUUAUCUGAGGCCUGAGAUCUUGAAUCUACCCUUUCCAACGGGCGAUUAUAUGCUGGCUCUAAGGUGGUACCUUGGCAUGAGCGCGAGCCCCACCACGGAUACAAAUGUAAGUUUUUCGUUCGUAGAGGAUCUCCUGAAGAGCACAUAAUGACUUUCCCAUGGAUUAUCUUUCGAACAUGAAGCUAAUAAAGCAACCUAAUAAUUCUAUGGUUUGAUGCCUUUAAGCGAUAACAUGUAUAUAAUUACUGGAACAAAUUAA